ACUUCCAAUUCAAGUCUUCAUGAAGAAACUGCGUCUGAAAUUCUGCCCUUAAUUUUAAAUCAAACUGGUCAGAACCAAAAUGGUUUCAAAGCUGAGCCGUCGGCAUCGUGAAUCAUAGGGAUAUGCGACUCUGUAUCUCUGCAAGUACAAUGUCAAGCAAGCACGAACCUCAAGGCGCUGAUAUCGUCCUUCGGUCGCGGACUUCGUCUCUCAAGCCUAGACCAGACACCUGCUCGACUUUGAAAGGCUCCUUCCAACAGGAAUCUGUGCCGCCUACCAACGCUGAUGCUGAUAGCCAGAUGACCGUUCCGAUACUGCGCUCAAUGAGCGCCAUGAGAGGUCUCCUCCUAGCGGAAGUAGGGGACUCGAUGGUGGAAUUCGACGUGUACGGCAAACCAGGGGAAUCCGGAUACCGCGUUGGCCAACGCAUAGCACCGGGGUGUCUUGUGCCUGAGGGAAGCUCGAAAUUUGCUCCAUCACCCCGAAAGGUCCUUUCGGCCCCAGACAUUGUUGUCGGAGGCACCGGAAAUCUACCUAACAGCGCGACUUUCUUCGACGUCAAUGCCACGCCUGCCAAGAGCAGCCCAGAAAUCAAGGCCCUGCUUGGAAACUCGAAUUCCAAACUGAAACCCAGGGCAAUCGUCCCUCCACGCCCGGGAUUACGCAAUGCUGAUAGCAGCGGAGAUCUUGGUACAGAUUUCAAGCCCAUUGCGCUAGAAAAGGCAAAGUGGAGAACGCGUGUGGAAGUCGACAUCAUACUCGAGAACCAGGCUUGCGUGCAAGGGGGAUACCUCAAGGGGACAGUCAAAAUUCACAUCAAGAAAGGCUCCAAGAAAGAUGCGCCACUCCUUCUUUCACAGGGGAAAGUCAGGGUCGUCGGAUUUGAGUGCAUACCGCAGAAAGAUAGCAAGUGCACGUUUUACAAAUGCUCAGCUCUUCUAUCGGAAAUUGCUCCAUCGUGGAAGGGUCUCUUCAAAUCACCACCCGAUGACGAUGGUUGGGCCGAAGCACAAGAGGGCGUCCACGUCUUUCCAUUUGCGAUGCUCCUUCCUCCAGACGGUGGCUGCGGCAUGGCGAAAGGUGUUCUGAGCAUGCACUCUGGAGUGGCUAUUAAGUACGUCGCUAUGGCAGAGAUCAAAGUCAAGGACGCGGUAACAUCCAAACAAUCCAUCGCUCACUUCUACCGCGACUGCGAGGUAUGGCCACGUCUAGACGUCAUAUCCACGCUUGCUACAAACUCUCGUCCUCUGGUUGCAGAAGUGGCCACCAGGGUGUUCAUGGGUGGUCCAGGAAAAAUCAGGCUGUCGGCGCGUAUCCACCGAUUCCACUGGGUUGCCGGCCAAAGAUGCACCGUUCAUUUCCGAGUAACCAACGACUGCAAGAAAUUGGUAAAAGGCGCUGCCAUCGCGCUGAUACGAACACUAACCGUGUUCAAGCCCCAACCGUACUUGGACGCUGGAGAUGCUGAUCCGGAUGCUUGUCAAACCUCGACGAAAGCAAAGUGGGUGACGGAAAGCGUCCUUGAGUUGGGACAGCGGUGCGCUAAGGGACACGCGAGCGCAAAAGGAUGGUGGACAGGUGUCGCUCCCGGUCAGACGAGCGAGUUCGAUCACUCUGUGAUAAUACCCCCCGACGUUCAUUCUAUCGCCCGGACGCGACUGCUCGAGGUUGAGUACACACUUCGCAUAAGUGUGGGCAUCGGAAGGUGCUCCUCGGACAUACACGUCAUCCUGCCCAUUCGAAUCGUCAACUUUCUUUCGCUCGAUCCUCCACCUACGCCACCACUCCGCACUCAAAGCAAGCAACGCCCCCUACCAGAAUGUGCGAAGCGCGAACCGUGGUAUCGGAAGUCGCGAAUCGGAAAUAUUGUAGAGACCGACGAGACAGUCCCUGGUAUGAAAUAUACCAGGGAUAUGACAGUUGCGACACACCCAGAGAAUACCGAUGAUGGGCCUGUCUUCAGUGGUGAACAACAUCAAGACCCGGACGUGAGCGCAGAUUCAGCGUCUGUUUACCCACCUUCUCAGUCUGAGAGCACCAUCGCACACCGCGAGAACCUCCUCCGCUCCGUAUCUGAGGAGGAGAUCGGUCAAGUCCUGGGGACACUCAGUGACACCGCGAGCUUCGCCAGAGGAUGUAUGACAACUUCGAGCAGUGCGAUAGAACCUCAUAUCCUUGCGCGUCCCCGAGGACCCCGUUCAGGUACACUGAGUCAGCUCCAACCUCCACAGGCCGAAAGCACGCCCAACACGACGUUUAUUGCUCGUCGCAUUCAGGAGAAAUUGCAGAGUCCAGGUACAAGUUGGGUGAUCGUCAACCCGUUUAUCGAACAUAAAUCAGAUGUAACCAAGGCGCAGACGUCGCGUAUCUCCAACUUUGGGAGCUCAUCGACAAUCCUUCCCAGACCACCCGCGAUGAUUGAUGAGACUGCUAUGCGCCGUCCGCCAUCAGCGUUGCUGCCGGGUAGUCGGCAUGUGUGA